AUGGCUGAGGGGCGACGCGUCUUCUUUGCGCUGAAGCGAGUCAGCGCAGGAGAAGGCGACGCGGUCGCGGCGCGCUGGUCGCGGUUCGAGGGGAGGAGCGGAGGAAGUCGCGCGCGGCUCUGCGAGGGGCUGCUACGCUGCCGUGUGAAAGCGGCAAGCAGAUGCGACAGCAACGUUGCCGCGGCAACACAGACAGGCGAAGCCGGGAGAGGGCGGAUAGAGCCCCCGCGGACGCGGCGCCGCUUGCGCAAGAAGGGCGAGGAGGCGGCCUGCCGCGCCGCGCAGGCGCAUGCGGCAUGA